AUGCUUUGCUGCCGCUAUAUAAACCCCCGUCCUGCUGCUUCUCCUCUCAGACUCGCUGCUGACCAGCGAAGAAGUAACCACAGUUUCUGUCCUCCUCUGACCAACAGCCGCUCCGAAGCCUUCUACUGUAACGAAGGUUUACCUCGACUUACGAAUGGUGAACCUGUCUGUGGAGUUUUUAUCGAACAGUAACUGUUUUAGUUGUCAAAAAGGAGCUAAAGACCCGUGUUUCCUCGAAGCUAUCAUGCUGAACACCGAGGAGAGGUAGGAUGAUGAUGAUGAUGAUGAUGAUGAUGGUCAUUUUGUGCUGGAACUAUCGAGAACAGAUGUUAACGGUCAUUUCUCCAAAAAACAGUUAAACAAACAAGAGCAGGCUGUUUGUUUUAGUGAGUGAGGGGCGAACUGGUUAAAUAAAAGGUUAACCGUUUUAUUUUACUCACUUUAAGCAGGAGAAAAUAACGACAAAGUGUGAAAAAUAUCAGUAAAAACUAAGACUGUGUGUGAACUUGACCUGCAGGGUUUGUGUUUGCAGAGUGAUAUCAGGAUCAGAGUUAGUUGACUCACUGUUUUUCUGCUGUUUAUGCACUGACACAGUUGAACACCUCAGAGAAGUUCAGACAAGAGUUGCAGAACAUUGUAAAAGUGAACUCUACUUAACUAAAAAAACCAUCUUUUGGCAUGCUGUGAGUGUACAAAAGCUUAAGUUGGAGGAAGCUGUGGUGCUGAAUGUGACGGUCUGGUUAUUACAGGAAACUUUUCCCCCUUUAACUGUCACUUCUUCUUCCGGGAACCUUGAAGCUGUUUUUAAAUGCCAGAGAUAAUACGGCUGAACCAGCAACUUUUUUUCCUCAUAUUAUUGCACUGUGUUCAUGACUCAUUGGUAAUCUGCAAAAUGGCUACAGUUGGCAAAAAACAAAUAAAUGAAAAAUUCACAAAGUGAGCAACAAUCCUAACCUUAUGAGACAUCAAUUUGCUGGAUACCAACAGAGAAAAACUGGCAUAUCACUUACAGUCAUGAUACCUGAUAUGAUUCACAUCCAAAAUGCAAUCUUUACAACCGGUGCAGACAUAAGUAAUAGACUAGCUGUGUUUACAGAUUGGUUUCGGACGUUGAAGAGACGUGCAGAUCAAGUCAGUAUUGGGUCGGUCCGUCAAAGACCACAUCUAGACGUCAGUGCGACGUGCAAAAUAGAUUAGAAAUUUGGACAUCCAAAUUGGACCUUCUGAUGUUUCGAAUUUGGACGUCAUCUGAAGACCAAAUCUGGACGUCGGAUCCAAGAUUUAGAAUUAUUACUGGACCUCAUUUAGACGUUAAAAUGACGUCCACAUUUCUACCUUAUCGUCGGAAAAAUACGUUAAUAGAUGUCAUUUCAACGUCGCAUUUCGCAGUCGCGAAAGAAGCAAACCUUGUCUUGGUCUGGUUGAGUUUUAUCAAAGGGUUGUCAUAGUUUUUAAACAUUUUCUUACCUCCAGAAAUAAAAUAAUCUUAUUUUUGAAAUGUGCGGUGAAAAGGUGAACCCUCAGGCUAAGAUAAAAACAAUAAAAAAAGUAUGACUAAGGUGCCCAUUUCCAGACCCUGUGCUCUUAAAAAACGUGAGAGUCUAUUCCAACUAUUCAGAAAAGUAUAAUAAUGAAUAAUUGAGUUUAUAAUUCGUCAUAACCUCACUCACAGUUCACCACUGAGGUGAUGUUUUGUCCUGCUGUCUGUACAUGUUGUUCUGAACCAGGUGGUGGUAUAAUGUCGCCCUCAUUUUUGCAGAGUUUGACCUUUUCACACCAUGCAGAAGCAGUCGAAUCAUGACAUAUGCUGCAGGUGCUGUUUUUUUUAUACUAAUGCUCUUCCUGCUGUGUUGUCAAAUAGUCCCAUAGGGAGAUUUGGUGUCUUUGUUGAAGUAAUAUGUCUUCUGUUCGGUGAUGCAGACUGAGACCCCCUGCAAGGAUACAUUGCAGUGUCUGUGUUUUCUUUCGUUUUGUCUGUCUGUAACAGAGGCACACACUUAUUUUUGUCCUCCUGUGGGUUUAUCAUCCGACAUGCAGGGAGGGGGGGAGGCUCCAUUGAUGCUGUGUGCCAGAGCAGUGACUAUAUUAGCUCUCUGAGUGUAAUGGCUCUGUCAGCUGAAGGCAUCAACUGGCCUACAUCAGCCCCGCUUACAUAACCACCUCUCCUCCUCUCCUCUCCCCUCCCGUUCUCUCCUUGUGCACUUCUCAAGCAUCAAUGAAAUCUGUUUGUGUGUGUGUGAGGAGUACAGGCAGUCAGUCAGAAACAGCUGGAUUAUCCGACCUGAGUGUUAAGAGAAUAAGCCUCCCCUUUAACUGACUGUCAGACUGAUCUCUUCGGAGAGAGUCUCGAUCAGAGCGCAGGGAAUUGUCUUACGUAACGAAACCAGAACAUUAACCUUGUAGUGUUUCACCUGACGGAGGAGUCAUCACUUCAGCAGCAGACUGCAGGAGGAGAGGCUGCAAACACUUUCCCAGUUAGUGACAGACUGAACAAAGACGAUCACUCUGACCUCGUGCUGCAAAAAAACAAAACUGCAUUUAAGGCGUCAUUGCACAGUGAACACAGUGUAAAAGACUGCUUGAAAUGCAUUAGGAAUAGAACAAAACAUUGCACUGUGCAUUCACACCUUGCAUAUUUGAAUACAUUGGCCAUGUAUCCAAAACAUGAGGUCGUUUAGAUGAAGACUCAGCUGUAUCUGCCCCCUACUCCUAGGUUAAUUGGCUUUAACCCUGAGGUGGCUCUAAGGUCAAACUGACAGGAUGGCUGCAGCAGGAGAGGAGAGCCAGGAAAAUUAGCUGGAAAGAAACUCUUAUGAAGAAAAAGGACAAUACUGAUUAAAAGUAUUAUUUUGAUGCAGAGAAAACCUACACUUUAGACAGAGGUACUUCUUUAAAACAAAAAAAAAAAAACAAAGACUAUGCAUGCUGAAAAAACUAUCAACUUUUGAUCGUUACCAUAUUGAAUUAGAAAAAACAAUCAUUAAAAUUAGGUUAAAAUAUUGUAAUGACAGUUUACAAAGCACAAAAUGUAUAAAACAGUCACUUUGGGGGAAUUUACCCAUACUGUAGCAAUAAAAUAUUAAAUCUUCAGUGUGUAGAAAGGAGAUUCUUUAUCUUUUAGCAAAAUCUAGCUGUCAUAUCUGUGAUCGAAAUGCUCCUCUGCUCACCACCCACACAUCAAGAUCUGGAAGUUCUUGUGAUUCACAUCUGAUCCUCGAUUUGUCAAGUUUUUAUCAAUCAAAAAUGUCGACCAAAAAAACUCUCUUGAGCCAAACUGACACUCUCCUCUUCUCUGUCUCCUAAUGGAUGCAUUUUGAGCCACUUACAAAAACCUGCUCAGUGUCUGUUUGUUUGUUUGUUUUCGUGCUACUUUAGAAACUUGGUGGUGCAAGAUAGUAGCCCUCUGUAGAAAAAUACUCGCUCCUACUGCGUAAGAAAAUAGCUGCUUUGCUGUAAUCCCAUACAUUAACAUAUAAAUGUUCAUUAAUGCUUAUUGUCCCAUUAAAACAAAAAAUAGUAAUUAUAAUAAAUCCUUAACCUGUGUGAUAUAAGGGCUCAUGCAAAGGCAAAUUCAAAUUCAAAAGGAGUUUUAGUUGAUGGCAUUUUGCAAAAUGUCACUAAAUACCACACUAGGGCUGGGCGAUAACUGGAAAUUUACCGAGACCAAAAUUUACUACAACAACCGACGUCAUUUUGCCCAUUUUUGGUAUAGUCGGUGUCAAAAAAUAUAUCAAUAAAAGUUGGUUGUGGAUGUGCCUAGGUAGGCUAUGUCUCUUUAAGACGCUGUCCCAAGUCGGAGACGUCCGUAACAAAGAGGCAAAGACAGGUGAGGAGAUGGAAGAUGGUUCAAAAGUUGUAGCGGCUUCCUGUUAGCUCAAUUGUUUUUUUUCAUGUAUGAUGGGCGUGUCUAUCUCAGUCAAGCAAACCUUAUAAUUCCCCCUGAUGAACACAAACAGCUGAUUUGUUUUUGUUUUCAAUCUCUCUCAAAGUUAUGCAAUAAACUCGUUGGCAACUGCUGGUGCCAUCCGUCAGAGUACAGUGUAGUAGACAAUUAAGCGCCGUCACCCACCCAGUGCCUGCCACCACAGACAGCUCUGUGCCAGACACACCCUUCCCGCUGUCUGAUGAAUGCUUUGACCGCAUUUCCUGACAAAGCCAAUGUUUUCAAAACAAGCAAAAGGCAUGUCGGCUCAAUGCUGCGUCUGUAAGACAGUGAAUUAUGAUGUUGCUCUGCUGUUGGGACUCGUCCCUCAUUUUGAUGUCAUACUUGUAUUUAUUGUUACCACAUGCUUACCAAAGUCUGCCAGUGCCGACAGAACCAGAGCAGAUUAAAGCAGCGUAGGGAACAGAUUUGACAAGCCACAGCCGGCCUAAAAGUCAAAUUAGUGCUGCCAAAUUGCAGAGACUUUUGGGUUUAAUUUUGACGUUGGCCCUCCAGUGCUGUCAGAUUAUUAUGCAAGAACAUCAGUUAGAAACUCCCUAAUGUGGUCACACUUAACACGUGCAUUUUUGGAGUCCAGCGCUUUGGGGGUUUACUCAAAAAUAAAUUCCUUCAAAUCUUUAUUAAGGGCCUGAAAAUGUUACUAAACUGCAGUGGCAUGAAGAAGCACUGAGACGAACCAAAGCACUCAGUGAAAACAACUGAUAAUAAAUGGAAUAGAGAUGAUUUCACCAGAAAUGAGGGUCCAUACUUCGAUUUUCUGUUUAAAAAUGCUGUAUUUCCAUUGAAGGGAUUGCGCCCUGCAUUUUAUUUACCCGUCUAAAGCUGAAUAAUCGAAAACUCUGCCUUGUUAAUGGACGAGCCAGAGCUUUUGUUUUCAUGUACUCCACUGAAUCAAUAUUGAUCUUACAGACGAAGUUUUAGGACCAACAUUUGUCCUGUGCUUGUUUGGAGAUCUCGCACCGAAGCUCUUAUUUUGUUUAGACCGGUUCAGUCGUUUUCAUUGUCUUCUGUUUGUCUGCAGAGCUGAGCACAUUUACAGUUUGGCCCCGGGGUCUGAAUGGGGAUUUAACAGGGGCGUGUCCAGCCACACUAAGGUUUCGGAGCACGUGUGCCUUUCCUGUUUCUGUCUCGGCAUCUUUUCCGACCUGCUGCUCUGCCAAACCCCCAGAGGUCAGAGGAGGUCUGAAGACUCUCCUGUUUAUUUCCUGCUUACAGGAACCUGAUGUUUACAUCAACAGCUUCAGCACUUUCACAAGUGCUAUUUGGAGAGUGUAAUACUCUUAUAUCUGUUUACAACUUUGGUUUAAAUUGAGUCUCUUUUUACAUUGCUAAGCUGGUAAUUAUAGUGUUGGAAGUAGGUUUAUGUUUCAGUCUUCUUGGAGAGCCUACCACAGCACUUCCUGUUUUGGAUGAGUCGUGUGUAUCUUGGCUGUCGACCAAACUCAGCUCCAACAGCGAGGGCCAACCCCGGCCCGAUCGUCCGCGUGAAACAAUCCACCUGAACCGGUUCUCAAAACAACUCCCAGCUAAGGAAGUGAAAACUGGAAGUGGAAGCGUUCAUCCUCAGGAAUCACAAAAAAACAUUUCUCCUUCGCUCACCCCUCCUCGCAGGAUGGGACGAUGACGCACUUGGCAUCUUCGAGCCUCAUUGCAAAAACAGAGAUGAUUAAAUCAUCAGCAGCAACAGCAGCAGCAGCGUGUUAAUACAGCCCUGACUUCUCAGUGUGCUCGGCCUUCAUGUUGCUGCAUGUACUUUUUCACACCCAUCAGGUCGACCUUUUUGAAAACCUAACCUAUAUUCUGUUUUUAGUGCUGCGACCUCGUGACCUAUCAUGGGGGUCUAAAGGCCGCAGCUUGAGUGGCAUCAUGGGACGAGCAGGGAGGGGAGAGGCGGGGAGGGCUGCUUGGAGUGUGGCUGAAAUGUCAGAGGACCAAAGUGUUGCCUUUCAAAACAAGCUGGCAUGCGGUCAAGGACGAGCUCUUAUGUCUCUCUCUCUCUGAAUAGGGAAGAUGGAAAAAGAGAGGGAGGUCUUGACAUCUUAUCGAGCGUGUUUAUCUGUCUCCAUCUGUGUCCAACCUGUUGUCCCCGAUCCAGUCUCUAUCAGGUUUGUUUAUGACACAGAAAUCAAAGGAAACUCUUGGCUCUCUCGACUCGUCUCUGUGUGCUGCCAACAUCCUCCUCCUCCCUACAAGCAUCGGUUUGGGAAGCUUGUCACUGAUACAUAUUUUAAGUUUUGUCUCCUGGGUAGGGCUGGGCGAUAAACCGUGUGAUGACGCUCGGCUCAAACAGCGUAUCCCCCGGGUGGGCUACGCAAUCUUCGUACGCCCAUAGGCUGAAUCAAGUGUCAAUCAUAGAAAAGAUGAACCCCCUAAUAACUUUUAAAAACGGAGAUUCACAGAAAAAGAGGACUUGGGCACGAGCCAGUCUGACAGUAACUACAUGUCAACAUCACAACCAGGGGGGAGAAAAAUUUAUGUUAUAUAAAUUUCUAAAGUUGGUCCACAUCUCCAUAAGCUUUGCAAGCAGAGGCAGGAUUUAUGACCUAUACUGCAGCCUGCCAACAGAGGGUGCUGUUCUCGGAGUGGCUUCACCCAGCGAGGAGGCAGACGGCGUCUAUUCUAUAUACAGUCUAUGAUUUAACUGCACUGCUGUUACUGUUCCGGUUAUGGAGAGUGAGAAGACACCGGUAGAUCCACGGUGAAUGUCCGUCGAAUAUCCAACCUAAAAUUUGACCGCGGUAUUCACAUGAAAAAACAUUUGUUGCCUCGGCUCAUUUUUCUAUGCGCACAUGUGCCCGUAAAUACGUUUUACAAUUCGCACACAUCUAUUUUAAGUCACAAAUGCGAGUGAAACAGACGCACUGUCGAGUUAUGUGUGUGAAGGUAGGCUAUGGUCUAGACGCUGUCCCACUUUAGAGACGUGACUCCACCCCAUCCAGUCCGUGACAAAGAGGGAAAGACAGGUGAAGAGAUGGAGGACUGUUCAAAAAUUGGAGCGGCUGAAGUAGACGAAGUUAAUGUGGGAGGGGGUGAGCAGCUUGUGGAGUAGUUAUUGUUAUUGAUUUGAGGCCAUAUCGCCCAGCCCUACUCCUGGGCUUUGCUUCUUUGUCUCUGCUGAUCCAUCAUGCAUUAUUUUUAAACAUAUUCUGCAUGUUUGCAGUGAGUGAGUAGAAUGGUUCUGUUCUCUUGUGCAGUUUCAUCAAACUAAAGGAGAAUCUCUUUAUCCUCUCUCUCCAGCUCGGCUAAUUUUGCACCAGUCAGCUCCGUGUCAUGUGACAAUAAAGACAGCAGUGAAGCAGUAAAAGACAGUCAAAUCUUUAUUGAAAGUUGUUUGACGUCACGCUAACAUUUGAUUGUUUAUGCACGCAUCGGCUUGUGGUGGAUAAGUAAUAAAAUCAUGUUUGCUGGAACAUUUGGUAUUCAAACUAAGAUCAACAGCUGCUUUUUACAGCAGAAACUCAGGUAAGGUAUGAAGUUGAAGAAGGAGAGGUGCUUUUUUCUUUCUAAAACUUCCUGAUGAGACGGGGAAAGAGUGCGUGCAGUCGCUGCUGCAACAUGAACAUGCAUAAUGAGCUUUGUUUUCCAUUGCUCACCCUCUUGGCUCGUAUCUAUGCAGAUCAAGUAGCCCAGGUUACCUGUUGGCUCUGGAGGGAAAAUGUGGCACAUGACUGAUAAACCUGCCGUCUAUUAGGUGACAAACAAACCUGUCCUCCUCGCUGGUUCAGUUCCAGAUUGUGAGACAGUGUGAGGUGUCAAAUUACAAUAAUGUGUAGAAGUCUUGGGGCCGACUGUGGAGGAUAUUGACUCAUUUAAAGGUUAAUAUUUGACAUCAUGACAAUCCCCAGCCGUCAUGUCCAGGCCUGUCUGGUAUCGUAGGCCAGCUGCCAUCGUGUCUGCUUUAAGAUGCACGACUGUAACUCAAAACGCUGAAGAUGUGUGUUCCCGAAAGCCUCUCUGAGCUAUUUGCAGAGGUGUUUACAGAUCAUGUGCUUGUUUAUGAUGCAUGCCUUCCACCUCACGCACAACCCCGUCAGGAGCCUCCUGAAUGCUGUUGUGUGGGACUCUGGUCAUAAACAAAAGUCUCUGUGAUGGAUUUCCAGCAGAGUCAGCGAACUGAAACUUUGUUUAAUUCAGUCGUUUUCAGAGCGCGUCCUCAUCACAUGCUUAUUGGUUUCGUUUACGUAAAAUGAUACGAGUUUGUUUAGACUGUGAAAAUAAAGAAACCUAUAUUUAGCCAAAAAAGAAGAGCUGGACCAAUCAGGUUCAGGUUUUAGUUACAGUGAGUCUGUCGUUUUUUGGAGUGAGAAACUUGAAAAGACACAAACAUGACAAAGUUUUAAUAAAAUCAAAGACUUCAGAGGCUGCACUUCUUAUUACAUGUUCUUUCUGUUAUGAACUCAUCAUAAAAUUGCACUUAAAGCCGUUGGAUUAGUGCUGCACUUCUACAGCAAAAAAACUGAGAGAUCAGCAACUCGUGCUACAGUCUCACUUCUGCCUUUUGAGUUGUAAAUUCCCUGAGGGCUUUUCUGGUGAGCACACGCGAGCCCUGUUUACACUCACGGCUGAAUGCAUAGGCUCUAAUUAACCCGCUGAGAACAUCUGCAACCAUGUUACACAUUUGCAGGAUUGAAUUGUGUAUUUAUCACGAGGGAUGGGAAUCACUAGUGGCCCCACGAUAUGAUAUUAUCAUGGAACUUUGGCCACGAUACAAUAUUAUUGCGAUUUUUUAAAAAACAUUUUGCGAUACAAUAUAUUGCGAUUUAUACAAAUUUUUCAACUGUUGAGCUAAUUUAGCAUUUGUCUUUCCUUUAUGUUUGUUUUGUUUACGCUGUACAUCUUGCAAACCUUGUAUUUGUCGUACUAACUUUCUCCUGCUCUAUGAUGUCACCUCUGCCAACCUCACCGGACAAACAGUUGAUUUCAUUUUUCUGUUGUUAUAGAUUUGUUUUCAUGUUAGCAAUUAAUUUGUAUCGGAGUGCUGAUAUCGGAGAUUUAAGAUGCAGGCCGAUAUAAUCAGAUAUCCGUUUUUUUUUUUUUUUUUUUUUUUUGCAGAUACCAGACCGAUAUCCAAUAUCAAUAUCGUAUCAGGACACCCCUAGAUAUAUCGCCAAACAAAAUAUCGGGAUACUAUACUGUAUCGAUGAUAUCAUGGUACUAUACUGUAUCGAUGAUAUCAUGGUACUAUACUGUAUCGUUGAUAUUGUGAUACUAUGCUGUAUCGAUUAUAUCGUGAUAAUAUGCUGUAUCGAUUAUAUCGUGAUAAUAUGCUGUAUCGAUUAUAUCGUGAUACUGUGCUGUAUCGAUUAUAUCGUGAUACUAUGCUGUAUUAAUUAUAUCGUGAUAAUAUGCUGUAUCGAUUUUAUCAUGAUAGUAUGAUGUAUCGGUUAUAUUGUGAUACUAUGCUGUAUUACUUUCUGUUCUUAAAGUCAGUUCUUAGAUGCACUGAGGUCUGUUUAUAACAAACUUGAACCUUCGCAGGUUUCAGGUUUCUUUAUCUCAAAGCAUAACAAGGGUUUUGAAUGCCCCCCCGAUACGGCCGAAACAAAGGAUCUUGGCUUCCAUGUUUCAAUAAUUUCCUGAAUUUACAGUUUUAUUAGAGUUGCGAGGGGGAGAAAAAGGAGCCUGCAAAGUUCAGUUCAGUGACUCUUAGACUCCUGGAAACAAUGAUUCAACCCCUCAACAGCUUUUGAAGCUGCCAACACCAACAGUGUGGAAACGGUUUAGCUUAACAAACUUGGCAGCGAGUUUUGCAGGAAGUGUACGGUCAGUGUGCACCAGGAGCUCGUAAAGCCUCUUUAUGAAUCUGCUGGGAGAGAAAAAGUGGAUUCAGCUGACCUGAGAGGAGUUCAAAUGUCUUUUGCCUUUGGGUUUGUAAGGUCAACACAUAAACAACACAAUGUCUCUGUAAUGUUGCACUAGGGAUGUUGUUGGCUUGUUGCAGCGUUGUCUUUUCCGAAGACAAAGAGAAAGUUCAAAAACUGUUUUUUUAACUUUAGGUCAAGUGCAAAGCGAGUAACCUCUUCGUCUCUCUCCUCUUACAGUUCGUGGUUAGCUGGGUCUCGGCUGACCAGCUCCAUCCCUCAGUCUCCAGGGCCUCUGUGGUGCUCCUGAUGCCCCUCACCCACUACUGAAGAUCCCGGGUGGGCGAGGGACGGUCAGGGAUCACUCUCUCGGCGUGCUACUACACAAGGUGACUGUCUCACAGAAACACAAGAGGCUCCAUGGUGACAGUCUCAGCACCACAAUAUCUAAACAGGGAUAUACACAUUUUUGGAGAUUAAAUGAAUUUGAUGAGAUUGAUGGUUUCGCAGAUUAAUAGCAGCAGAAUGAAAGCCUGCACGUGUUCUGCUUCACUGAGAGCACUUAGGGUAAUAAUUAUGUCAAGUGCUUCUCCUCCACAAUGAGUUGUACCCUCACUCUAAGAGCUUUAGAACCCUUUUAAUCCGUCUGUGAACUCUUUCUGUGCACCUGCAGUGGAUUCAAUUCAUUCAUUGAUUCACCAAAGUUCCUCUGAGCCAGUUUUGUUAGGUGGCGUUUACGAACACGGUAAAGAACAUCCCAAAGUUCUGAAGUAAAUAUCUGCGAUUGAUAAACGUCUGCAGCGCUGUGUGUGUUUUCGCAUGUGCACACAUGUCAGCUCGUACCCCAGACAUGUGACUGACUGUCCCGAGGAGAUUUAGAGAUUUAGGAUCAGACGGAUCAGUCACAACUGUCAUAUCGACGUCCUCAUCUGUCCUCAGCAAGCGAGCAAGACCAACCUCUGUCUGACUUUAAUGCUCUUUCAGAUUCAAACUCUUUCCCUAGGGCUGUGCGAUAAACCGAAAAUUUACAGAUACUGAAAUUUACGACAAAUAUUUAUGUCAUUUUGCUCCCUACAAGCAUCGGUUUGGGAAGCUUGUCAUAGAUACAUAUUUAAAGUUUUGUCUCCUGGGUAGGGCUGGGCGAUAAACUAAACUUUACCAAUAUUUACAACAUUAACCGCAUCAUUUUGCCCAUGUCGGUUUAUUCGGUGUCAAAAAAAUAAAUAACUAUGUUAGUAGGUAGGCUAUGGUCAGAGGACAAAAGUUCUGGCACAACUUCGCCAACUUCUGAAGUGUUUAGAGGGAAAAAAGGCCUUGAAGGGAUCGAAAGAGCUCCAGCAACACUUGUAGGAAACAUCGACCAAUGCGUUUUGCCCGAAAGUGUCAAAUAAGGCGGUUUUCCUGAGCUACAAGUGUUGCUGGAGCUCUUUUGUUCCUUGUUCCUUCAGACAUCCAGUCUGUAACAAAGAGGGAAAGACAGGUGAGGAGAUGGAGGACGGUUCAAAAGUUGUAGCGGCUGAGCAUCUUGUGGAGUAGUUAUCGAGGUGAACUGCUCAAUAUAUCGCUAUAUUUAUUUGAGGCCAUAUCGCCCAGCCCUACUCUUUCUUCACUGACUUUUUAAACCAACCAUAGCUCGCUCCUACAGAGUGUAAGUCGAUGUUGGUAUGACUGCUCUAUUAUUUCACGUUUCUUUUAGAGUAAACGCAGACUCGCAGCAGCAGCAGCAGCAGCAGCAGCAGCAGCUGUAUCUCUUAAAUAAUCAGCAAACGCGUGAACCGCUGCAGGGCGCCAAACGAGGCAGGAAACAAAGAGGCUACUCAUUUAUAAUGUGGACUUCAGUGCUGUUGACACAGAACUCGUGCUAAGCUGUCACAUGCAUUCAGAGAAAAUCAUAUGCCAAUAUAACAGUAAGUUGAUAAAGACGGAGGUCAGAGGAGAUAAUAGUUACAAGACAGGACUCCUCUGCUGUCGACGUGAUCCUCAACGCUGCUGCUGCUUCUUCUUCAGGAUGCCCAGAUGACUGUAACCACUUCCUCUUUGACCUUCGCUCCUCUAACACAGCUUCCUCCUGACUGGACACAACGUUCUCUAUCUGGUUUAUUCACUUUUGAGUUCCUGUUGUUGGAUGUGUACACCUGAACUCGCUAAUGCAGUGAAGUUAAUGACAGAGCACAUGUUUUAACAGCUGAACGUCAAUUUCACUUGUUUUAUAUUUUAAUCUGAUAAUGGAAAAGUUUAAAUCUGCUUCUGUAAUCUUUAAAAGUAGAGAUUACUUUGCAGAGAGACUAAAUGGAUGACUUUGAUUUAUAAAUCAGAGUUUUCUGAUCACAGCCUGUUCUUGUUCCAGUCUGAACAUAAUCCUUAAAAAGCAAAAAAGUGAUGAGAGAUAAGACGAAUCUUUCCAAAAGUGAACAUCAGUUUAGGAUUAAACCGUUGACCUUUAAAAGAAUCUGUCAAAGACGAAGUUUUAAAUCACAGCAGUCAAAAAGCAUGAAGCAUAUCUAAGAGUCGCUGAAUUUAAAAGUGAAAACUCGACGCAGACAUUUGAUAUCAUCCUAAACUUUUACGCAUGAUCCGUCAUCACUACCGCAGCUACAAAAAUCCACUUCAUCUCCGAUUCUUUGCUCCAUUAACCAGAUGAAUGUGUCUGUCUGUCUCAUCUGUUAUCAUUCAGGAUGAAAAGUUAACAGUGACGCAGGGCGCUCCAGGGAGUGGGAACCCCUCUAUUCUCCGCUUCCAUUACCAGCUAAGCGAGCGCCGCUCGGCCUUCUGGGAUACAGCUCUAUCAGGAGACAGCUUGUUCCUGGAGAUCCCCGCUGGGUCGCUCGUGGAGGGGAGCAAGGAGGGGUAAGACCCUCAGUUUGAAAAUCAUGAGACCUUUUUUGACACAGUGUUUAAUUGGGCCAGACCGAUAUGGAUUUUUUGGGGCCGAUACUGAUGAUUAGGGGGGAAAAAUCUGAUUACCAAUGAAUCGGCCGAUUUUUUAAAUUUUUUAUGAAGUUAUAAAAAAUAUAUAUAAACUGUAGAUAUACUGUAGGCUACUGCUCUUCACGCCGACAGGAAGACUGACUGAUCAAACUUGGACCAGAAAAGCGUUUUCAACCCCCGCCCCGCCGAUCGGUGCCUCCGCGUCUUAACUCACGUUACUCAUUUCCAGUCCGGUCUCAUCUGGAGACAUGCAGCUGCCUCAGUAAGAGAAGUAGCUCGAUCACUUAAUGUGUACUGAUGUUUAUUCUACCGUUACUGGCACGGCUAACAGUGUAGCAAGGCUAAUAGCAGGUGGCUAACUCUAACUUUGGUGCUUCACCGUUAACUCGGUGUGACCGAGACCAGCACAGCGGGGAACAUGGUGAAGUGGGUCAAACUGAAACUUGUUGACUUAUUUCACCAACUGGUUUAUUUCCCGUUGAGGCGGACCACUCUCCUCCGUGCGUCCCUGAGCUGCCUGCUUCAGAUCCGUCACUCUGCUGUGCUGUGAGGUAGUUAGUGCAUGAAGAUUGUCAUGAGGUCGCUGCGCCAUCUACAACAUUUUCGAAGUGAAACCGAAUCUUAUUCUACGCAUUUUAUUUCUGAAAAUAUCUGCAGAAUCGGCAAGUUUGGCCGAUUACUGAUUAGUCUCAAACAGGCUAAAAUUGGUCGAUUUGAUCGUCUCGCCGAUAAAUCAGUCGUGCCCUAGUGUUUAAUAACGAUAGUUACACUGUUAUUUACGGUGCAGGGUUUGUUCAUGAACGAUUCGGACUCCAAUCCUGCAGAACCGCCGUCUAAACCCACAGAACCAGUUUAAUAUUAACAUGAGAGAGAUGUAUGUCGCCUGUUCUUCCCUUUGAAUGAAUGAAUAAUCUCGUUUAGUUCUGCUUUUCCUCACCAUAAACAGACACUGCUGAUUCAAAUAUCAGAAAUUCACUGGUACAUCAUUAGUCUGAACACCUUUUGGGUCUCCAUUGUCCUCCAGAAUCUGUUUGCGUGUCAGUCAAAAUGAGCGCUAAUCAUUUUCCCGGCGUUGUGUUUGAAAUCGAUGUCGGGCCUCAGUAACCUCUCCCGCUGCAGGCACAGAGCCCACACCGUGGUAUGAGCCGCCGCCGCUGCUGCAGCUGCCACUGCAUUAUUAUGUAAAGUUGCAGCUCUUAUGUAAAGAGAAAAAAAUAAAAAAACUUUGUGCGUCAUCAUCCCGCUCUCUGUUCACCGGCUGACUCUCUCUCUCCCUCUCUCUCUCUCUGUGUCUCUCUAUCUCUGUUCAUGUCCUCCUCAGGCUAACGGCUCUGCUCGAGUUCGCAGAGGAGAAGCUCAAAGUUAACUACGUGUUCCUGUGGUUCCAUAAAAACAGAGAGGAUCGAUGUAAGUUCUUAUUUUAACGUUACAAAAAUACAUUUUAGAGGCAGUUUUUUAUACUGAACUAAAAGCAAGAACAAGUUAUCUGUGGACCCAGUCAAUAGUAAGGAUUUUUCCCUGAUAUAGAGUGUUUUUAUGCCGGGAUUAACCAGCUACGGCGCCCAGAGGCCAAACGCUAUUGUUGGGUUCCUGUUGACUGAGCGGUGCUCUGCGUUUGGACGAGCAGAAAGAGAGGCAGCGGCAGUUAACAGCUUUCUCAAAAGUCAGCAAAUAAUCCCGCCAACACAACGCCUCGAGGCCUCAUGACCUAACAUGUUGGUGAUUGUCAUUCCUGCACAAACUCAAACGUUCAAACAGGAUUUUAAAGCUUUCCUGGAAACUGAGCGCAAGAACAACUCAAACACCAUCCAGCUCCUGCUACGAGACUUAAGAGUCUGAAACUUAUCGCCACUUUUCUCAGCUGCUGUUUACGAAACCAACAGGAUAUACCCCUCUGUGUAAUAACAAUUUACAUGACAGAGCUCUAACUACAUGUUUAUCUUCUGGUUCAAUACCAAAAUGAUACCUGAGUGUGUGAGAUCAUGUGUGGUGUGAUCCGUGAGUGUAGUUAUUAUGUUAAUACCAUGUUUUGAUGAUACUCCAAAGAGCGUCAUGAGAGGCAGCCUGUGAGUUUGAGUGACGAAGUCUGGAGAAGUGGUCAGAGAUAAGUGAAGACUGCUCUGUCCACAGGGGGCGCCAACCUUGACUCAAACUUUAAAAUUACUCCUGCGUGAUGUAUCUUUUUUUUUUUUUUGGCAUAUUGCCGCCCCUGUUAUACUUUCCUAAAAUCCGUCUCUCUAGGGGUAAAAACUCGGAACUCUGCUCAAAAAACAUCUAAAAAGUCGCGGGGGAUUCAUUUUCCAAAAUAUAGGAAAUGGCAAAUUGGCAAAAUAUGAUAUGAUUAUUAAUAAUCUGCAUUUUUCAGAUCAAACUGAAAAACUAAUUUGUUAUUUAAUAAAUACACAAACUGGGUUUUUAAUCAAAUUCUGUUUUUAGAACUUUUUUUGUGAAAUAAUGAUUAAGGUCCUCACGCACGGGGGCCGACGCAAAAUUAGGAAAUAUUCAGAGGCGAAUUUUGACGUGCCUGACUAAACACAUCAAGCGCGGUGAGAUUUUGCAACAGCAGACUGUUUUCAGUUCUGAUUAGACCAGAUAAGAACAUUAAACUAUAAUCCAUAAAUGUAAGGUAACAACCGAGACCUAACGGUGCUGCGAAAGCAACGCAAAUUGAGUUUGAGACAGUGAAAAUACAUAUGGUAUGUUGUAUUUUUUUUCCCGUCCUGCGAUAUUAAGGCAUUUAUUUUUUCGUAUCACGCUCGAUUUUUCCAACGUUUUUAUUGUCACUGUGCAGAAAAAGCAGGGAGCAUCGUGUGCAGCUGAUCUGAGACCCUCCAUGUUCCUGCUGUCGAUCCUCUGACCUUCUCUCACUUCCCUCCUCAGUGUCCAUCAUCAAGACGUUCCACUACAUGGGCUUUGAAUUGGUGAAGCCGGGUAACCCCAUGGUACCCGCCCGGCCCGAUCUGGCCUUCAUGGUUUACUCUCUGGACAACAGCAGCUCAGACGAGGAGUGA